CUACUAAAGUAUGCAACGUGGACAGCAGCCUUUUUGCUUAUUAAUUACUAACAGACUCCAUGUUCUUCAUCACCUGCAGCAGAGACCCACAAAACCAAAGCUCUUUAAUGUGCUUCCACUCUUGAAGAAACUCAUUUCUCAGUGCAAACGCAUAAAUAAUCGGCCCGGAGAUUAACAUGAAUAGGUUUUGUUUACCAAACAGUUCAAUGAGAUUUCUUUUUCUUUCUCUUUUCUUUUCUUUUUUUUUUUUUUUGCUGAUCUUCUAGACUUUCACACACGUGCUUGCUUGAUAAACGACUCUUUCAGUUCUUCUAAAGUGAAUAAAUGAGGUGUGUAAAAGGGAGAGGAGCUAAAGAAGUUUUAAAGAGCAUAUCUGAGUGAGUUUCGGCAUGCCCUCUCGGCUACUUGCUAUCUUCAAACUGAUACUUACCUAAUUAUACACACACACAUGCACACACUCGCAUGCAUGGAUAUUCAGUCUUCUUCCCACCCUCUAUCUCACGCCCCCACCAAACUAACCCUCCUAACCGACCGCCUGCUAUCCACUUGCAAAGUACUGCUGUUGACACACAGGAAUCCAGACCCACACACACACUCAUGCUCGUUCUCCCUCAUUGGUGAGAAGGACUCUCCUCUGAACCAGACGACAGCUUGUGCCUCUCUCUUUUUCCUCUGCUGGCAGGUGUUAGAAAUAAAACCAUAAAUAAAAGUACGAGGGAGCCAGAGACAGCGCGAGAGAGCAGGACAAAUGUCUAUCUUCCUUUGUUGCUGGAGAGAGGGGGAAAUAUGAGGAAAAGGGAACAAUAUGACGGAGAAAUCUGUUAGUUAGAGUAGCUGUCAACUGCAUUUUUGUGUGUGAAGGGGAUUGAAGAGAACACUCGGAUCAUCUGGGCUCAAGCUGCAGCAUUGUUGCUUGAGUUUGAGUGCAGCUGAGGGGAAACAAAGUAACCGAGAGGAACACAAGGCAGUCAUGGACACUACAACACCUGGAUGACUUGGAAGUGCACACUGGAGUUGGACCCUAUCCUGCCCACAGUCCACUGAUACAAAUGAGUGUGCAUGUGCCUCCUAAGCCAUGCUCCCCGGCUAUGGAUUCUCUCCUCUCCUUGAUUUCCAGCCUCACCUCCAAGCGUUCCAUUGCAGAGGCGAGAGCUCUGACAUGUGGUUCCCAGGCUCAGUCGAGACCCAGGCUCUAAGUGACUCUCGGGCAAUUAGGCCUCUCCUGCAACAGCAUCAACACAUUGCUGUGUGUCAGCAAGAGACGUUGGCCUUCAUUGAUCUUCAACAGUCAAGCGUUAAUGGUGUCCAAUCAUGCACAACGGAAAACUGUUCCUCUCUUUGCUCCAAGCCUGUCAGAUGCAAUGGAAGCAGUCCAUCUGAUUUUGCCAAUAAUGGGAGUACAGACACAACGCUGGACAAUUAUUUGACCAAGGAUAGCAAUAAGGUGGAAGGGGUUCAUGAUCCAACGUGGACACCCAUUACUUCCUUACCUGAAACAGUUUAUGAAAAACCUGAACCAGGAGUUAAGGGACUCCGUUCUCGAGACUUGUUUCUGCCUCUGUCCUCUACAUAUGUACCCGAGAACAGGAACUCUUUGGAGCCUCAACAGCAGAGCUCCCCUUCUUCCCCCUUGGAGUUUCAGAGUUCUGACCCAUUUCGCCCUCAAAGACGCACAUCUUUGGGAUCUAUAAAGGAGAAGUCCAUAAGGCGUAAGAUGAGGGUGUACUCUCCAGACACUAUGAAUGAUGGGUCUCUCAGUAGCCCGGGUGUGGAGUGUGAUUACAUGCUUCCAACAUCCUUCGAAUCAUUCGUAGAAGGAGGCCUUGGAAUGGUGGGUUCUACCAUUCCCACAUCCAGUAGUUCCAGCUCUCUCCCAGGGGAAGAUGAGGACCUUUCUCUUCUUUCCUUACCGACGACUCCAAAACCUUUCUUAGAUCCCCUUCAGGAGGGUGCCAGAUUGGAGGGGGGUGUGAAUGAUGGGGGGAGGCAGAGGUUGGGCCUGGAGGACUGCGGGACUCUGAAAGACCCUGCCUUUAACAGUGGGACCUCGCUGCCUCUGUCCCGUUCUCGCUCAGCAGACAACGAGCGCCGGCGCUUCUCUGCCUCUGAGCUAAUUUCUCGUCUUCAACUCUCCCAGAGGAAAAACUCUUUUACCCUUAAGCUAGGCAAGUCUCUUUCUGCUCGUGUGGCCUCCCGGGACCGCCACCUGUCUGGAAACCUCAGCUCAGACUACAAACCCAGCUCCAGACAUCGCUUCUCAGGGGGAUCAAGUGACAGUGCACCACAUUGUCCAGUGGGGUCUGCACCACCUCUGCCCUCUGCUGACUGUAAUCUGCCACAGCAAAGGAGAAGUUCCAAGCAAAGUAUGAGAAAGGUUUCCAUUGAUGAGGAUGGAGAGAGUCCUCCUAGUAGCUCUAAACGCCUGUCACGCUUCUUGCCAAACUUAAUCUUGUAUCAGGAAUACAGUGACGUUGCUAUAAACAGAGAUAUACAAAGGCAGCAGGGGGCGGAGCCAGGAACCGAUGAGGAAAGAGGAGACUCUGUGUCCACUGGCAACCUGUCUCCAUCCAGUUCAUUCCGCUCAUCUCGAGGCUCCGCCUUUUCCCUUUGGCAAGAUAUUCCUGAUGUUCGUUCCAGUGGACAACUUGACAACUUCAGCAAUGAAGAGCGUAAACUACAGGAGGCCAAGUUUGAGUUGGUGACGUCAGAGGCCUCAUACAUACGCAGCUUGUCUAUUGCAGUUGACCAUUUCAUGAUAUCUCCUGAGCUGUGUGAGUGUCUUGGGACACAGGAGAGGCAGUGGCUCUUCUCCAAACUGCCUGAUGUAAAAGAAGUCAGUGAGAGAUUUCUUCAAGAUUUGGAGCACAGGUUAGAAGGAGACAUUCUGCGUUUUGAUGUGUGUGACAUUGUUCUUGACCACUGUCCUGCACUGCGGAGGGUUUAUCUGCCUUACGUCACCAAUCAAGCCUAUCAGGAACAGACCUACCAGCGGCUAUUGCAAGAGAAUCCCCGUUUCCCUGGAAUUCUUGCCCGCCUGGAAGAGGACCCAAUAUGCCAGAGGCUGCCUCUUACAUCAUUCCUUAUCCUUCCUUUUCAAAGGAUCACACGCCUCAAAAUGCUAGUGGAGAAUAUCCUAAAGAGAACAAUGCCUGGAUCACGAGAUGAGGACACUGCCACCAAAGCACUUAAUGAGCUCAAAAAGAUAAUAAAGGAAUGUAACUCCAGCGUGCAGUCCAUGAAGAGGAUGGAAGAACUAAUUCAUCUAAACAAGAAAAUUCACUUCGAGGGGAAGAUUUUUCCUCUCAUCUCCCAGUCUCGUUGGUUGGUCAAACAUGGUGAACUGCUAGAAGUGGACACGCAGAAUAUGAGUAUUUCUGGGUCCAAGUUUAAACUUACCACUCGGCCUGUGUACCUUCACCUGUUUAAUGACUGUCUUCUGCUGUCCCGGAGGAAGGACACGUGGAAAUUUAUGGUGUUUGUACAUGCAAAGAUUGAGGACCUCAAGGUGAAAGAUCUAAGCCAGAAACUUCAGGGAAUCUCAGGCUUCAUCUUCUAUCUGCAGUUAUGUGAGGGCCAACAGUUAAAACACCAGAUUCUGCUCAAGUCACCCACAGAGAGCAGCAAACAGAGGUGGAUAACAGCCAUGUUUCCCUCCGAUCCAAAGACAGCUAUUGAGCAGACCAAUGAGAAUGAUGAUCGAUCUCAAGUCCAGUGCAUCAAGAGCUACCAGUCUCAGGAGCAUGAUGAGUUAACUCUGGAGAAGGCAGAAAUCCUCCAAGCUGUAACAAUUACAAGUGAUGGGUGGGUAGAGGGGAUCCGGUUGUCGGAUGGAGAGCGGGGCUGGUUCCCCAAAACUUAUGUGGAGGAGAUCACAAGCCGCAGUGCUCGUUUGCGAAACCUCCGUGAAAACAUUCGCAUUAAAUGUGUCUCACAAAAACUAGAGGGAGAGACUCUCUGAGACCUUGAAGUAUGGAACAUUGUUUUACUUAAAGGGUUUCGUUCACCCAAAAGUGAAAAUUAGCCUUUGUUUUACUCACCCUAAAAAGCAUCAUAGGUGUAUGUGACUUUCUUCUUUCACACAAUCAUCAUGAUCAUCCAAUCAGAGUUAUAUUAAUAAUUGUCCUGGCACCUCCAAGCCUUUCAAUGGGGGUAAACCUUAGGGCUAAAAAGUUUUUAUUACAUUCUAAAUAUCGAUAUUUAUCAUACAGAAAAACAUGGAUUCGCUACAGGAUGCCUUUAUUCACCCCCUGGGUGCUUCUCCACCCCAAUUCCUCCCCCAAAUCACCAUAUAUGGAGCUAACAAUGCCUAGUUUUACUAUGCAUAACCUCAUCUGCAUAUAAUUUCUAUGCAUAUUCCCAUCCACGUGACAUCAUAUUUAACACCAUAAGAGGUGAUAUGGACUAUAAAUGCUAUUUGUGCCAUACGCAAUUUUUAUUGCAAAAAAAUCUAAAAACAAAACUGUUUAAAAUAGUUGUCGGAUAAAUAUUUUAGAAUAUAGUUUGUCUCAUUCCUUUCCACUGGCCGAGUAGUAUUUAAAUUGUUUUAAACAAUUAAAGUAACAUUUAAUUUAUCCAGUUUUACUGAUAAGGUGAACAUCUUUUAUUUUUUAGCCUAUAUUUAUUGCAGUGUAAAUAGAAUUGUCUGACUCUGCGAGUCACUGACAAAGUAGCCUAUUUUAAAAAGAAAACAUGCAAAUUUCCAUUUUCUUGUUGUAUCCUUCAGAUACAGUGGUAUUUUUCAUAAUGUUGUAGAGUUAACUUCACACGACAUCAACACCUCUGUGGCAGCUGCGGUUGUUACAGUAAGCUAUUAUCGUUGGACCCAUUCAAACCGGACAAUGGAACAUUCAAUGACUGAAUCCAGCAGUGUCCCCCAUAAUAUCGAAGUAAGUCCACGUCAUCGAUCGUUGUUCUCACUAAAAUAUUUUUGCAUAGAAUGAGAUCUGCAGUUUAGUUUAGAUGAAUUGUUGUGCAUCUUAAGCACUCCUCGCUGUCAUUAAAACAGUGUGAAACAGGAAAAGUGAUCAAGCGCAUCCACUAAAUAUGUCUAAAUUCAUAUAAGUUUUGUUUAACUUCUGCAUAAUGACUUUAUGUAUUUUCAGGGCUUAUCUCCAUUAAUGAGAGUGGAAUAUUUAAUGUAAAUGUGUAUACUGAAAUGAAAACAGAUUUUAAAAACGUUCCUUACUCCAUUACUUUUCUCACGCCAGGAAAAAGUAGUAGAGUGCGUGGUCUAGAAUGUCCGUAAGGUGCGUACAUAUUUAUGCCAAGUUUAU